GGCGAUAUGAAAAGCAGCGGCGUAGAGCAUGAUACUUCAGUAUGAAACUAACAGUAGGAAAGAGUGCUUCAAAAGUGAAAAAAAGAAGAAGAAAAUAGAAUACUUCAUCAAUUGCUGUAUUCUUUCCUUUUGACAACCUAAAGUAUCGUCGAAUUAGUGAGAUUUUGCAAUUCUAAAUGUUCUAAAGUGCGUCAACAUGAAUAAAAGUACAAAUAACAUGAAGCAGAAUCCUAAGGAGACCGCAAAUGUCUUCAGUCAACUCUUCUUCGGAUGGACGCUAGGUUUAUUUUUCAAAGGCGCAAAAUCUGAUUUAAAUGAGUCUGAUAUUUAUCGACCAUUAAAAAUAGAUUAUUCGGAAAAAGUAACGGAUCAUCUGGAAAGAUGCUGGAAUCGCGAGCUAGAAAAGCUGCAGAAGCUCGAAUAUACUGUGGGCAAAGACGGGCAGAAAGUACCCUUAAAAAACGCGCGUCCAAGAUUGUACAAGGCACUCGUUCGCGCCUUUUGGGUGCCACACUUAGUCGUCGGAAUCAUCAUAUUCAUUCAGAUUUGCAUAUUCCGAAUGAUGUUGCCAAUUUUGCAAGGUUGCAUUAUCAACCACUUCAAUGUGAAUUCAAACAUAAAAAGCAAGGUGGGAAAGAAUGAGGCGAUGCUCUACAUCGGCGGCCUGAUUAUUUGCACCCUUGUUACCGUCUUGAUGAUGCACCACGUGAUGUUAUUGUCGCAGCAGCUCGGCAUGAGAAUACGAGUCGCCUGCAGCUCGCUUCUCUACCGAAAGUUAUUACGACUAAAUAGAACGUCUCUGAGUCAAACCGGCGCUGGGCAAAUUAUAAACGUCCUCAGCAAUGAUCUCACUCGCUUCGAUUUGUUAUCAAUGUACAGUUUCCUGAAUUACUUAUGGAUUACGCCACUCCAGGUCAUAAUCGCGGGAACCAUAAUGUGGCAGAAGAUAGGCAUUUCCACCCUCGUUGGCAUCGGAUUGUUGAUUAUCACGCUUCUGAUUCAGGGAAACUUUAGUCUUCUGAGCCACAGCAUUCGAGCUAUAAUCGCGCCACUGACCGACCGAAGAGUACAGCUGAUGAGUGAGCUCAUAGCUGGAAUACAGGUGGUGAAAAUGUAUGCCUGGGAGAAGCCGUUCAGCAAGAUCGUCUCGAUGACUCGCAAAUUUGAGAUCGAGAAGAUCAAGUUCUCGUCAUACGUGCGCGCCGCGUACUUGGCCAUCAUCGUAUUCACCGAGCGGCUCACCCUUUACUUCACCCUGAUAACGUUCGUACUGUUGGGAAACGAGCUGAGUUCCGAUUUAACCUAUGUUCUGUCGACUUUCUUCAACAUGUUGCAGCUCACCACCGUGAUGUUCUUCCCCCAAUCACUGAUAAUGUUGGGCGAGACGAUGGUGUCCAUAAAUCGAUUGGAGGAGCUCCUGUUGAUGGACGAAGUAAACUUGGAUAAAACGUCACAAUUGUCUGAAAAAUCGAACGGCGCGGAGAAUCAGGAAGACAAGUACAUCUCGAAGAACGGAAUGCUUGAGACUCAAGAAUUGUCCGAUCGUCCGGUUUGUAUAAAGCUUCAGCGUGUUUCCGCCAACUGGAUCAACGGGCAACUGCCACCGACUCUGUGUAACAUCUCCAUGACCGUUAAACCGGGUGAACUGUGCGCGCUGGUCGGCGCUGUCGGCUCCGGCAAGUCGUCCAUGCUCCAAUUGCUGUUGAAAGAGCUGAAUCCCGGCGCGGGCUGCGUGCUCUUCACCCAUGAAUCGUCGCAAAACGACGUGCAGAGCAAAGCAUCCAGCAGCUACUUAUCGGACAACCCGAAUUUGCGUAUCUCUUACGCCAGCCAGGAACCUUGGCUCUUCGGUGGCACCGUAAGAGAUAAUAUACUGUUCGGUCAGGCCUACGACAAGACUAGAUACACUCAGGUUGCAAAUGUGUGCGCGUUGACAAAAGACUUCCGGCAGUUUCCACAAGGCGAUAUGACGAUAGUCGGUGACAGAGGUGUGUCCUUGUCCGGAGGCCAAAGAGCACGAAUCAAUCUCGCUAGGGCGGUUUAUAGACAAGCAGACAUCUACUUGUUGGACGAUCCAUUGAGCGCGGUGGAUACUCACGUCGCAAAACAUCUUUAUAAAAAGUGUAUCACUGAGUAUCUCCGCGGCAAGACGAGGAUCCUCGUCACCCAUCAACUCCAAUUUCUCAAAAAAGUGGAUCACAUCGUCGUGCUGGAUCGAGGUUUUAUAAAGAUGCAAGGCGAAUACAGUGAAUUAGUAGAGUCAAAUAAAGAUUUCAUUCAGAUGAUGGAUAGCUUGGAGACAAGCCACGAGCAGAAAAAAGAAGAGAAUGCGAGAAAAGUCUCUGAAAUGUCCAAAAGAAUCUCGAUAUUGACGAGACGUACUUCGACAUUAUCAAUCGCAAGUUCCACUUACUCGGAAAUUGACGAUUUAGACAACACGGAAAACAGUCCGGACGGCGAAGAGAUGAUGCACGGUCAUCUAUCUAGCACAGUAUACAAGAAAUACUAUCGUCAUGGCGGCAACUACUUCAUCCUGUCUGUGCUGUUGCUGUUCUUCGUCAUUAGCCAAAUUGCCACGACCGGAAAUGAUUACUGGGUCUCGUACUGGACCAACGUGGAGGAGAUAAGGCAAAGCGAAAACAUCACUAACGCUACUAAAAUCAAUAACUCGCAAAAGAAUAUACGCAACAACAGCUUCCUGAAAUUGAUUUUCACGCUGAAUCCGGACGGUCUACUCAGCACCGUCGAUGCUAUUUACGUUUACACAUUUUGCAUCUUUAUCUGUACCGUUACCGUGCUGUUCCGCAGUUUCCUCUAUAUGAAAAUCUGCAUGAAUACCAGUUGCAAUUUGCACAACCUUAUGUUCUCCAACCUGUUGCAAGCGCGCAUAUCCUUCUUUCACACUAAUCCUUCUGGGAGAAUAUUAAACAGAUUUUCGAAAGACAUUGGCACAAUGGAUGAGCAGCUGCCCAGAGUGAUGUUAGAAGCGCUACAGAUCACUAUCGUAAUUUGCGGUAUAUUAGUUAUGGAGGCAAUAAUUAAUCAAUGGAUGCUGAUACCGAUAGCAAUAAUAAUUGUUUUGUUCUUUCUGGGAACAAAGUUCUAUCUCAGGACGGCUCAGAACGUCAAGCGUCUCGAAGGCAUAGCCAAGAGCCCCUUGUUCUCUCACGUGAACUCUACGCUAAAUGGUCUGCCGACGAUCAGAAGCAGCGGUGUCAGCAUCGAGAAAAUGAUGAUGCAGCAGUUCGACGUGUUGCAGGACUAUCACAGCGGUGCGUGGUAUCUCGUCCUGGCCUGUGGCUCGGCGUUUGGUCUUGCCCUGGAUUUAAUCACGUGUUUGUUCAUCGCCUGCAUUUGCUUCUCCUUUAUUCUAUCAGAUGGUAUAAUCGACAUUCCCAGCAGCGAAGUAGGAUUGGCGAUCUCGCAAUCAUUGAUCUUGACCGGUGCUCUGCAAUACGGUCUAAAGCAGAUCGCCGAGACGUUCUCGCUGAUGACAUCUGUGGAAAGGGUCCUUCAAUACACGAAUCUUCCUACAGAAGGGCCUAUUAACUCGGACAAUCCUCCGCCGCCCACGUGGCCGGCUCAAGGACGAUUAAUCUUCAAGAACGUCAGCAUGAAGUACGACAAGAAUGACCCACCUGUUUUGAAGAAUCUGAACGUGUCUAUCGAGCCCAGCUGGAAGGUCGGUGUGGUGGGUCGCACCGGCGCCGGCAAGUCUUCCUUGAUUUCGGCGCUCUUCCGCUUAUUCGACGAAGGCCUGGAUGGCGAGAUCAGGAUCGACGGCCGAGACACGAGCACGGUGGGCCUGCGGGAUCUGCGUUCUAAGAUCUCCAUCAUACCGCAGGAGCCGGUGCUCUUCUCGGAGAGCCUGCGCUACAAUCUGGACCCGUUCAAUCAGUUCGACGACAUGAUGCUGUGGGAAGUGCUGCGGAAGGUCGAACUGAACGACUGCGGUUUGGAUCAAGACGUUCUUUCCGGCGGUCACAACUUCAGCGUCGGUCAGAGGCAGCUCAUAUGUCUGGCUAGAGCCAUCCUGAGAAAUAAUCGCUUGCUCGUUCUCGACGAGGCUACAGCUAACAUCGACUCGCACACCGAUGCCAUAAUUCAGAAUACGAUAAGGAGUAACUUUAACGAAUGCACUGUCAUCACGAUAGCGCAUCGUUUGAAUACCAUUAUAGACAGCAAUCGCAUCAUUGUGAUGGAAAACGGUUAUAUUGUGGAAUUUGGCUGCCCAUAUGAACUGUUGCAAAAGCCAAACGGUUAUUUUUCGCAAAUGGUGGAAAAAACAGGCAGUCAGAUGGCACAGAGUCUUUUAAACCAGGCGAAGAAAGCCUGCCUCAAAAAUAACGAUCGGUGUUAUGUGGAUCCGUCGACACAGAGCACGACCGAAAGUGACGUUACAAUAACUGAACAAUCUGCCUUAUAGACUAAGAAUAGUUGCGACUAACGAAAGGCAUAUUAAAUGCAAUCACUAUAAUUUUUGCAAAUAAUAUUGCUAUACAUAUGCUCUUCUAUUAUUGCUGCGAAAAGUGCAAGUUUCCAAAAAGAGGAAUAGUAACGACGAUGAGAAAGAAGAUGACAAAGAUUAAAAUUAAGAUAUCUCGCUAAUAUUCCUACAACAUUUUUUUCUUGAAUUUUGUGUUAUUGUAAUUGUAAUAUAUAUAAAUUAUUUAUUAUAAAAAUGAAAUUAAGAUUAGAAUAAAUAUUAUUCUCCGUGUUAUUUCUCUGUAAUAGAGCUGGGGUAAAGAGCCUUUCUUUCUUUGCCAGAAAGAUGUUCGAUUUUAUAAAGAAAUAUUAUAAAAGAUGUCGAAUAUAAAGACAAGGAUAUUAUUUUUGAAAAUCUAUUUUCCUAUAAGAUUUUGUAAUAUAAAAAUCAUUAUAACAAUGUAGAAUAGCAAUAAAGAUAUAGAAUAAAUAAAAAAAUAAAAAUUAUUAACAUUUCUAAGGAAUAAUUUCAUGCGCACACAAGAAAAUGUUCAAUCACAAAUAAAAAUCAUACAACAGAAUGAUUUAAUUAAAUAUUAAUCCCAUUUUUAAUAGUUUCUAUUUAAUAGUAAAUAGCCAAAAAACAUUUUAAGACAAUGUAAAACAUUUUACAUAUGUACAUCACGUAUACAAUGUAUACCACAGACGAAUCAUAUCAGCUGUAUUAAUAACAGAAUCUUGAGAGAUGUCCUUUAGCAAGAUGUCAUAAAGAGAAUCAUUUAGAAAUGAAAAAUUUUAUGCCAAAAUGUCGAGAGCAUAGUAAUUUUUAAAUAGAAAGUGUUUAAACAUUAAUUGUUAAUAUUAGACUCGUCGCAUAUUGAUUUUCGUAUCAUUAUAUUUAUUGUACCAUAUAAGAAAUCUUAAAAAUCUGUGAUUAACUAAUAAUACUGUUAGUCUGGAACAUUUUACCUAUAUUUUACAUUAUUUUGAAAUCUAUUUUCUUAAUGAUAUUAAAAUAACACAAGUU